AUGCCAAAAAAGGUGAUUGUGUCCAAAAAGAAACCGAUGAAAAUGAAGAACAUUGCUGAUAAUCUCAGUGUUCAUCAUCCUGAUAAUACGAAUACAUGGCGUCCUAAAGCACGUGAGGAUGAUAGUAUUGUUUAUGAAAACAGUCAUUGCAAAACUUCGAUUAGUCAACACAAGAAGUCGAACAAAGAACAUGACAGGGGCGAGCCUUCAUUCUGCGAUAAAGGGAAACAGUCUCAUCUGCUGGAGCACAGAACUGCUGGUAACACGAUGAGGAAAAAAAACAGCAGUAGUUCGAACAUCAUUGCAACCUCCAACCGCAACGGGAACAGCAAUAACAGUAACAGUACGGUAUCACAGAAGAAUGACAAUAAAAAAAUGGCCAAAGAAAUCAAAUCGCUAGUGCUAUGGAAAUCACCAAUGAAAACCCUGAAAUAUGCAAGCCUAGAAAUUUUAUUCCAUUUCAAAACCAACGUUAAUAGGUUGUUGCACCAACGGACACUACUCAUGGCUAUUUUAAUUAUAUUAUGUACCACCGCUGUAGCCAUUUUCACUCCAGGUCACCAUCAGAAGCUGAUAGAAUCUACUAAAACCAAAGGAUUCUUUAUUGCGUAUUGGUUAGGCCUGGGUAUACUAUCCUCUGUAGGGCUUGGGACUGGACUGCACACUUUUUUAUUAUACCUUGGGCCACAUAUAGCCAGCGUUACGUUGGCGGCAUAUGAGUGCAGUUCUCUCAACUUUCCGGAACCACCAUAUCCAAAUGAAAUUCUUUGUCCCGAUGAAAACGGUGCAUCGAACCAUAUCAUUCCAUCGUUAUGGUCGAUCAUGGCCAAGGUUCGAUAUGAAGCAUUUCUUUGGGGAGCCGGUACCGCACUUGGAGAACUUCCGCCAUAUUUUAUGGCAAAGGCUGCCCGUCUUUCUGGCAAUACAACUGAGGAGUUGGAGAAUCUACAAGAAUUAGAAAAGCUACAAAAACGCAAGGAAAAAGGCGAAAAGUUAAGUUUAUUCGAUAAAGGUAAAUUGAUGAUGGAGGACAUCGUUGAACGAGUUGGAUUCUUUGGUAUUUUGCUUUGUGCUAGUAUUCCUAAUCCCUUGUUUGAUCUGGCGGGCAUCACAUGUGGCCACUUCUUGGUGCCGUUUUGGAAGUUUUUCGGCGCUACCCUCAUUGGUAAAGCGGUGAUAAAAAUGCAUAUACAGAAAAUAUUUGUUAUUAUAUCGUUCAAUGAAAACCUAGUAGAUAAAUUCAUCGACAUUCUUGCUUUCAUUCCAUUAGUAGGUGUACGCUUACAAAAACCCUUUAAAGGUUUUUUUGAAAGUCAGAAACAACGUCUCCACCGAAAUAGUAAUAAGCAGUCGAUAAACGCAUCUCAGGGCAACAUAUUAGCUAGUGUAUUCGAAUAUUUUGUGUUUAUCAUGAUUUGCUACUUUAUAAUCUCGAUUAUUAACACCUUUGCUCAAAAUUGUUGUAAGCGUCUGAGAAAGAAUCAUGGGAGUAGCGCAUCGCUAGAUGUAUCUAUUAAAAAGGAAUCCUAA